AUGAAUGAGAAUGCUAUUGUAAAUAUCCAUCUGGCAUUAGUAGAUGGGGCGCUGUCAAGCAUAGAGGAUAAAAAUACAACAAAUGAGAUAUAUGACACUCUAACAAAGCUAUAUGAGGAAAAAUCCUUGUACAACAAAAUCAUCUUAAAAAGAAGACUUUACACUCUAAGGAUGACGAAAUCUACAUCGAUGACCGACUACAUUAACAUCCUAAAUACAUUGUUCUCCCAACUCACAACGUUGAGGCAUACUAUCAGUGUGAAUGAACAUGCAGAACUUCUACUUCAGAGUCUAUCUGACUCGUAUGAUCAGCUCAUCAUCAACCUAACAAACAACAUCCUCAGAAACAAUCUAGUCUUUGACAACGUUGCAGCCGCUGUUCUGGAGGAAGAAAAUCAAUGCAAGAACAAGGAAGACAGACAGACAAGUUCACAACAAGCGAAUGCCUUAUUGGUGACGAGAGGAAGAUCAAUAGAACGUGGCUCCAGUGGGAGUCAUACUCAUGGUAGAUCAAAAUCAAGAAGUGAUUGUGAUAAUAGCAAAUCUACCACAUGCUAUGUAUUUGCACUUGCUAGCGGAGCUGUAAGCUGGAUUUUAAAACUGCAGUCAGUUGUGGCUAAUUCAACAACAGAAGCAGAAUAUGUAGUAGCUACACAAGCUAGUAAAGAGGCGAUAUGGUUGAAGAUGGUGCUGGAGCAACUCGGGUAUGAACACAAGAAGAUAUCUCUAUUUUGUGAUAGUUAG